AUGGGAACAGGGUCCCAACAACUUGUGCUCAACGUGUUCUUCUCUUAUAGGGAACCAUCCUCCCCUGAAGUAGAAAUGCAUGGUACCACGAUCAAAGAAAGUGACCAAGUGAUUCACACAACAAAAGGGAAACCUUCAAUCAGAGAACUUUUCUCAGUCUCAGGUUUAGAUAGGCAAGUCCUAGUAGAAUAUAAUGAAGAUGGUGGUGAAGAAAAGAAGAGAGGUAAUAGGGAAUUGCAGACUUUAGUUGUUGGUGGUGGGAUGGGGAGUGAUGGUGGCAAGAUAUGUGGUGGCAGUGGAAGAGUCCCAGAUGGAAGUGGCUGGGAAUCAAAUAAGACUGAUGCUUAUUACCAAACCAUGAUUCAAGCUAACCCCAACAAUGUGCUUCUGCAUGGAAAUUAUGCUAAGUUUUUAAAAGAGGUUUGUAAAGAUUAUCCUAAAGCCGAGGAGUAUCUUGAAAGAGCCAUUUUGGCUAAUCCUGGUGAUGCAACUGUUUUGUCACUCUAUGCCGAUUUAAUUUGGCAAAUAGAGAAGGAUGCUGAUCGUGCUGAGGGCUAUUUUGAUCAAGCUUUUAAAAGCACCCGUGAUGAUUGUUGGGAUGAUGAAGAAGCAGCAGCAGCAGAAAGAGCAAGUGAAGUGAAUUUUGUAGAUGAGAUAAGUGGAAUUAACACAGGAUCUCCUUCACCAACUUCAUCUAAUGAAUCUUCUGUUACAAGUUAA